GAUUAUAAUUGAACUAUGUCAAAACAUUUCGUAAUUUCCAGUAAACCAAAUAUGUGGGAUCAGACAGGAAGAUUGAACAAAUAGUUUGAAGUUGAAAGCGGAGCCAACCCAAACUACCCAAGUCUAGGAGAGAGAAAUGGAAAACUUGAAAAUGGCCCCGAGAGUCCACCAAUAGUCGGAAGCAUAACACCCUUGAUUUCAAAAGAAUUGAUCUUGAUUGAAAAGAAUCUAAUUUAUUGUCUCCCUCUCUUAUCUCGUGUUCUUUGUUUUUCUUUUCUCUCUUUGUCUGUCCUUUUCUUGAAUGUUUCUGCUUCUGUCACCCUAAAUAUCUUGUUUUCCAUUUCAGAUUCUGAGAAAAUUCUCCUGGGUUUUUGUUAGUUUUUAGAAAGGACUCCAUUUUUUAUACUUUCAAGACAUUUCCGGUUUCUACCACUCGCCCCUGUAUCUUGUUCCUUUAUAGAUAAUUUUUAGCUGGGCAUGUAAGGACACUUAAAACUCUAUAAUAAACACAUAGAUGGGUGUCUAUCUCAGCACCCCCAAAACGGAGAAAUUCUCAGAAGAUGGCGAGAAUGAUAGGGUUAGGUAUGGUGUAUCAUCCAUGCAGGGAUGGCGUGCAACUAUGGAAGAUGCUCAUGCUGCGUAUCCUGAUCUGGAUGCUUCUACUUCAUUCUUUGGUGUUUAUGAUGGUCACGGAGGCAAGGUAGUUGCAAAGUUCUGUGCCAAAUAUCUGCACCAGCAGGUUCUCAAGCAUGAAGCAUAUGCAGCUGGGGACAUAGGGACAUCGGUUCAGAGAGCAUUUUUCAGAAUGGAUGAGAUGAUGCGUGGACAAAGAGGAUGGAGGGAAUUAGCCAUUUUGGGGGAUAAACUAAACAAGUUUACCGGCAUGAUAGAAGGAUUAAUAUGGUCUCCUAGGAGUGGUGAUGGGAAUGACCAUGUCGAUGAUUGGGCCUUUGAGGAGGGUCCUCAUUCUGACUUUUCUGGACCAACUUCUGGGAGCACAGCCUGUGUUGCAAUUGUGAAAAACAACCAACUUGUUGUAGCAAAUGCUGGUGAUUCUCGUUGCGUGAUAUCUAGAAAUUGUCAGGCAUACAAUCUCUCUAGAGAUCACAAACCUGAUCUUGGGGCAGAGAAAGCAAGGAUUUUAAAAGCUGGUGGUUUUAUACACGCAGGACGUGUCAAUGGCAGUUUGAAUCUUGCAAGAGCUAUUGGUGACAUGGAAUUCAAGCAGAAUAAAUUUUUGCCUGCUGAAAAGCAAAUUGUAACUGCUAAUCCAGAUAUAAACACCGUUGAGCUCUGUGAUGAUGAUGACUUUAUUGUGCUGGCAUGUGAUGGAAUCUGGGAUUGCAUAUCAAGUCAGAAGCUAGUAGAUUUUAUUCAUGAACAACUAAAUUCAGAAAUCAAACUUUCUGCUGUUUGUGAGAGAGUACUUGACAAGUGCUUAGCACCAUCGACAGCCACUGGUGAGGGCUGCGACAAUAUGACCAUGAUCUUGGUGCAGUUCAAGAAACCAAUCAAGUCAGCCUCAACUGCAGAUCAAUCCUCCCAUAACAAAUCAGUUGACACUGAAUCAAAGCCAGAGGGAAGUCGAGAAAAGUAGCUGCAUCUGUUGGUGGAGGUAUCAGAUCCUGUGGUUGAAGAAGAUACGAGGACCCUUCAUUUUCUCAAACAUUGGGAUAUGCAUUUGUACACGGCUUAGGGCAGGAAAGAGUUGACAUGUUAAGAAAAAAAUAUGCUUUUUUUUUUAAUUUUUUUAUCAUUAAUGGGAGUGUUUUUCGGUCUGACGAUACCACAAUAUGACAAUUUAAGUAAUAACAUGUACGGUUGGUGACAAUAAAAUGUUUUUGGGUUAACGGGUCCGUGGAAUUUCACACUUGUUUGUUUGUUUCUUCCUUUCCAAGAAUUUUAGUUUCGUCUCCUUCCAAAUGUUCUGAAUUCAGAUGAGAAAUUGUUUGCAAUUACAGUUGGUUGUAGUGCUGCUUGCUUCUCAUAAUGAUAAACUCAUCCGUGAAAGCCUAUCUUACUUUGUUUGGGCAUUUUCUCCCCUUCAUUUCAGGUUCAGCAGCAGGAGCACAGGAAUUUGAAAACCUUGUCUGACCAAAGAUCAGCCACUCCUUAAGUCAUCAUUCUAGAAUACACGUUUGUAAUGCAAAACGUACUUCUCA